GGAUUCGUGGCCAGAAAUUGCCAUGGCUGCUGUCCGGGUCAAGUGGGAUCCACAAAGUCAUUAAAGUCUAAGCAGGAAGGCGAACGGCGAGCGUGUAUGGGGGAGUCCAGCUUUAGGCUGUGGGGUGCAGGCUCUUCACGACUCUCGAGCCACGUUUUGGCCACUGCGACUUUUUGUCUUAGGCUUAGCAAAACCAACCCAGUGGAAGCCAAAGCCAAAGGCAAGUGGGUAUUGGCAAUCGCAAACUACGAAGAGGCGCACGUGAGCAACCCCUGAGCUGCCGCUGCCACUGGUUGGGCUAUUGCAUCUGCAUGGCAUCUCCACGUAGGAGCGCAACCUUUCCCGGCAAGAUCUCUCCACGUCAUCAGGAUCCCACGAGAAUCCUGGGUCCCGCCACGGACGUCGGGUGCUCUGCUUUUGCCUUGGCUUUGCUUUAUUAAUAUUCAAGGGGAGCAGAAACGUGCACCAAUUUUAUCUCUGGUCAGUUGCGUGGCUGCUGUUCGGCUCUGCAUUUUGUUGUUUUGCAAAGCUCUUCCCAGCGGACAUGACGACUACCAGGAUUUCACAUUUCUCUCUUUCUUUUGAUCUCUUCUUCUCCUUCUCUUUCUUGCUCAGUCUUCUAUCGACCAUUUCCCUUGCUUCUUCUCCUUCUUCCUCUUAUCUCUAUUCUGCUGAUAAAGAAGGCAAGACCAGAGCUUUGCAUUCAGAAAUAUUAAGGAACGAGGCAGUUGCAAGGCUUAAUGAGCUUGGAAAGGUGAGUGAUGCUGAUGGCUAUCUUGAGAGAACAUUUAUGAGCCCAGCUUCUGUGAGGGCAGGAAUUCUUAUUCGGGAAUGGAUGGAGGAUGCUGGUUUGAGAACGUGGGUGGAUUCCAUGGGCAAUUUGCAUGGUCGAGUUGGGGGAAUCAAUUCGAGUGCUCAAGCUCUGUUGAUUGGCUCCCAUCUGGAUACUGUUGUUGAUGCUGGCAUAUUUGAUGGGUCAUUAGGUAUAAUUUCUGCUAUAUCUGCAUUAAAAGUUUUGAAAAGCAAUGGCAAGUUGGGAGAAUUAAAACGACCAAUCGAGGUGAUUGCAUUUAGUGAUGAGGAGGGAGUGAGGUUUCAAUCUACCUUUUUAGGCAGUGCUGCUGUAGCUGGUGUUUUACCAGUUACAGCGUUGAAGAUAUCAGAUAAGAGUGGUGUGACAGUGCAAGAUUCUCUUAAGGGGAAUUCCAUAGACAUAGCAGAGGAAAGUCUACUACAGCUGAAAUAUGACCCUGCAUCGGUGUGGGGUUAUGUUGAGCUUCACAUUGAACAAGGACCUGUACUCGAAUGGGUUGGUUUUCCUCUUGGUGUAGUUAAAGGCAUAGCUGGACAGACACGUAUGAAGGUUACGGUGAGAGGUUCACAGGGACAUGCCGGAACAGUACCAAUGUCAAUGCGUAGGGACCCUAUGGCUGCUGCUGCUGAACUGAUUGUAUUGCUAGAAAGUCUGUGUAAACAUCCUCGAGAUUUCUUAUCUGAUAGCGGUAGUUACAGCGAGUUUACCAUGGAAUCAUUGUCCACUUCUCUUGUCUGUACUGUUGGAGAAAUAUCAACCUGGCCAAGUGCAAGUAAUGUCAUUCCAGGCCAGGUAACGUUCACUGUGGAUUUACGUGCAAUUGAUGAUGUUGGACGUGAGGCUGCUCUUUAUGAAUUAUCUAAUCGGACGUAUCAAAUAUGCGAUAGACGUUCUGUAUCUUGCAUCAUUGAACGAAAACAUGAUGCAAAUGCGGUAAUUUGUGAUCCUGAACUGAGUUCACAGCUAAAAUCUGCGGCUUACUCUGCUCUCAACAGAAUGAUGGGGGAGAUUCAAGAUGAGGUUCCUGUGCUAAUGAGCGGAGCAGGACAUGAUGCGAUGGCCAUGUCUCAUCUAACCAAGGUUGGGAUGUUAUUUGUCCGCUGUCGGGGAGGCAUAAGUCACUCCCCAGAGGAACAUGUAUUGGACGACGAUGUUUGGGCGGCGGGUUUAGCUUUACUAGCACUUCUCGAGACCCACAUGUAAAUUAUAACAUUCAACAAAAUCUAUGUACAGUAAAUCGAUUCCCUUCAAUAAAUCCACCGCAAUGGCAACCAUUGAAUUGUA